CUGCAUUCUCGAGCGUUCGUCUCCGUGCACAGCAGCAGGCAGAACACGUCUCGCGCGCCAACCAUUAUUCCGCGUCUCGUGCACUUCCUACUAUCACAAUAAUAAAUUCUCUCUCUCUCUCACUCUCUUUCGCCUUCGUCAAGAGUUUGUUCGCGAAGAAAAUAUUCUUUUUCCAGCUCUUCAUUAUAUGAGUAAAAAUAUUUCUUCAUAAAACAGUGUUACUAAGCGGAGUGAAAUUGCCGUGACCGCGAUUCUUUUCCACCUCCCGAACGGAAACCUAACGGUGAAGUUGUAUUCUUUUUUUUGGUUUUUUUACAACUCCAUGCAGUGUGAAUAGAAUUUUUUGUUGGUGUUGUGAAUAUAUACGCAGUUCGUUUUGGAAAAACGUGUGGAGUAUGUACUAGGGGGGCGGAGAGGUACAAUAGUUCGUGAAGUGUGAAUAACCAGUGUCCGAAUAAAUCUCGCGAAAAUGAUGGGCAAACGUACCCAGUGUUAUUUGUGCGAUCUACCCAGAAUGCCCUGGGCAAUGAUUAUGGAUUUCUCAGAGCCCGUUUGUCGUGGUUGUGUCAAUUAUGAAGGCGCCGAUAGAAUAGAUCUCGUUCUCGAAUCCGCCAAACAAUUGAAAAAAGCUCAUGGCUUUCAAGAUUCACGACCAUCAGCAUCGAAAACCUACAGAACGUCAACACUCACCGAACAUAACGGCGGCACGAACAUCGACGUUCUUCCCAUACAGAAUGCCGGGCAGAGCCAUUCGCGGCAUCACAACAUUGCUGGCUACUCACAGCUCCAUCACAGAAACUCCAUAACGGAAUUUAAUUCUAGUUCUAGGCAACAACAGCAGCAGCAGCUGACUCGCCAACAACAGCAACAGCAGCAACAACAACAACAUGAGGAGCCUCACGAAAUUGCCAAUGGCUUGAGAAAUAAUAGUGUUCAACGAAUGUCAAAUGCCCAUUUAGCGGCAGUCGCUCAUCAUGUGAAUUUGAGUCACAAUCGUGGUAUCACACAAUUGAAGAGAGGAAUAUCCACAAUCGAUGAGGACGAGCACGCUGAGAAGCGUCUCUCUCUCGAGGAGCAGCAUCCUGUUAGACCACCCUUGACCAGGGGGGAAUCUCUUCCUGCAGUGAGUCUUGCGGUUAGUUACGUGCAAGACAGAACCAAGGAGAAACAUCCCGUGAGGGCUCCAAGUUUUGAAACGGCCACCACUUUCAAGGCCAAUGGUGGAUAUGUUGGACCAUCGAUUCCUCUCGCACCUGCAAAUGUGGCAACAAACGGAGGAGGAUCUCCUCUUCGACCCAGAACGAGUCCUCCUCCACCACCACCGCCACCACCUCCUCAGGAAAGUGCAGGGGAAACACAGCAACCUAAUCAUCAUCAGGGAGCUACAAGUGGUCAGUCCCCAAUGGCCGCGCUGAUGUCAGUCGCAGAUAAUCUCACGUCUCCAGAAUCAGUACCGCAACCACCAAAUAACACAAGUCCCACUAGCAGAAGCCCACCAACAACUGCCACCAAUGUUCAACAACAACAGCAGCAGCAACAACAACAACAACAACAACGCAGUGCUUCUAGAGGAUCCCAACACAGCCCCAAUGGUUCCGGUUCAUCUGGUAGAAGGUCAAGUGGUUCUCGACAUGUGUCAUCGACAACAGUGACAACGUCCUCGGAAGGAGCAGUGGCUCAAUCGGCCGGAACUGAACCAGUCUCGGCGCCAACUUUAAAAUGCACAUUGUGUCAGGAACGUCUCGAGGACACGCACUUUGUGCAAUGUCCGAGUGUUCCACACCACAAAUUUUGCUUCCCCUGCAGUAGAGACAGCAUAAAGAGGCAGGGUGCUGGAUCUGAGGUCUAUUGUCCGAGUGGUGAAAAGUGUCCAUUGGCAAACAGUCAAGUACCAUGGGCUUUCAUGCAGGGAGAAAUUGCGACAAUUUUGGGCGAGGACACAACAAACACUGGUCUCAAAGUAAAAAAGGAACGAGAAACUUAAAAAAUCUUGAAUGAAAAUGAAAUUUGAGGCUUACAAAUUGUACUACUCAAUAAAUUGGGUACAUUUCUUUUUUGAUGAAACCGUGAAGGUUUGUCGAAAAAAAAAAAUUUCUUUUUGGUAAUGGUGGAAGACAUACAACAAUUUGGUUCGAAGGACCAAAGUCGUCGACAAGAGCCGAAGACGUGUGGACGUGAUUUAACUGUGAUGUUAUAUUUCAAAGUCGAUGGGGAAAAUUUUGUAUCGACACUUCUCGAUCCAAGUUACCGCGCAAAGAGAUGCAAAUUGGGUUGGUUUUUGAGCAGCAGUCUUUGGCAUUCGCGUAUGAAUGAUUUCGGCUCUGUAUAUAAAUGUGAUAAGGGAGGAGAAAUGAGGAGCUCUCGGAUGAGUUGAUAUUUUCAUCUUUGAAAAAAAACGAGAAUUUACAUCUUUUUUGAACUCGUACUUAGGCUUGAUCGCCUUUUCUUUAUUGUAUUUGUAUCUCAAGCUCCUAAAUUGGAGCGUUAUUUGUAAAAAGUCCCCUUUUUGUACCAUAUUUUUAGCCACCGGAUUAAUUCAUUAAUUUCGGUUUUUCUUUGAGACGAUAGAAUCGUUUCUCAGACCUCUUUUUUUCUUGUAUAAUAAAAAUAAGCACGACAAAAAAAAAAAAGAAAA